UCAACCGUAGCGAAGUCCGAAGUUUAUAACCGAGCCACGGGCGUAAGAAGUCGUGUUUGUACGAUUUGGCAAUCACCCUAUAAAUUUUUUCCGAGUUCAUCUCAUUCCCUAUCUACCUUAACAAGAGUUCCUUUCAGCAAGGAGAGCAAUUGAAUUACCUUUAAGCAGAGAAGUAACACUCGUGACUUGUGACGAUUCGAUGCAACUUGGUGAAGUCCGCGCUGCUAAGGCAGGCGAUUUUGAGCAUUUUCGUCGACUGGCAGACAGCGUCGAAGGCUGGAAUUUACAGUAUGAUAAACAGGGAACGAAGGUUUACUCAAAAGUCAAAGAAGGCUCUACGGUUAGACUCAUAAAGGUGGUUACCAACUUUCAAGAUGUCUCACUUUCAUUAAUGUACGAUGUUCUCCAUGAUGCAGACUACAGGAGAAGUUGGGAUGAGAACAUGCUAGACUGUUAUGAAAUAUGUCAACUGGACAGUUAUAAUGACAUAGGUUAUUACUCAAUUAAAUGCCCAUCCCCAAUGAAAAACAGAGAUUUUGUAACACAGAGGUCUUGGUAUUGGGAAGAAGAUAACUUCAUUAUUUUUAAUCACACAGUGAAUCAUAAGGAUGCACCUUUGAAGAAAGGCUUAAUCCGUGGUAAUUCAAUUCUUAGUGGAUAUUAUGUACGCAGAAUAGGAGAUGGUUGUUCUCUCACGUAUGUCUCACAAGUGGAUCUAAAAGGGAUUUUACCCAAAUGGAUGGUUAACAGGGCAGCAACAAAGAUAGCUCCAAAGGUUGUAACCAAGGUUCACAAAGCUGCUCUAGGUUAUCAGGCAUGGAAAUCUAUACAUGCACCAAGCUACAAGCCAUGGCUUUGGCCUGAUCAAAGCAUCCUCCCCAAACUGCGUCCAGAUGAUGUACAGUCUGUUGGCAGUGAGUCGCCCAGUGCAUCAGACCAGGAGCAAGAGGUUAUAGGUGAUGACCCUAAUGGCUAUGCUUCCAGUGAUGACGAUAACAUAAUGCUUUGACAGUAGAAAUGAAAUUUAAAUUUCAAAUGUCAAAUAAUAUACAGUAACUAGAUUGCAAAAGCCACUGACUUUCAUUCAGUGAACAUUAUUUUUGCCUUGCAGUGUAAAUCUUAAUGAAGGAAAUUUGGAAAAAAAAACUUUUAAAAGAACUUGUACAUGUAUAAUUAUUUAUGUGUAGUUAGAGAAUAAAACUUAGUAAUUCAGUGCAAAUUUUUCAAGAAUAUGGAAGUGUUGUUUGAAUGUAGAGAUUAGGAUGCCUGUGAAUAUUUAUUAAAACAGGGGGGUUUAAGCAGGUAGGAAAAACUUUUCAAUUUCCCUGUAAAUUAUACAACUGUUAGUAAUUUAAAACUAGGGAUUUUUUUUGUGUGUGUUGUAUUAAGUGGCAUAACCAUGUUAUGUGAAGCUCUUAGUUUAUAGCUUUAGUGUUCUAUUUUGCAGUUCAUCAAGGCUGAAAUUAUUUGUGAACAUUUUCUUGCAUUUCUUGCAGAACUGUUAAUUUACAAUAAAUUAUUUUUAUUGUCCUCACUCUACGGUCUAGUGUCAAUCGCUUGCUACCAUUUUAUAUAUAUAUCUUAUUAACCAAGCGCUAGGGCCA